AUGGCGUCAGAUAGUGACCAGGGUCCAUCAAAGCGCCCUCGUUCAGAGGUAAAGUCUAGUCGCCGAGCACUUAGCUGCACAGAGUGCAAGCGCCGCAAGACCAAGUGUUCGGCCCUAGGCAAGACACCGUGCGACUCGUGCAUCAAACGCGGCCGUCCAGCCGACUGUUACUGGGAAGAUGCACCUGAGCAUAAUGGCGGCUCGACGGCCCAGAGUCCGUAUGUACCCGCUGCACCAAAGCCCGCACGUCGUAAGGAUGGAAUCGAAGUCACGGUUACGACGCUCGAGGACAAGAUCGUCGGCGUUGGCCCGGGCUCGCGGCCCACCAAAGGAAGUCAUGCUAUGCCGUGGGACACGGCCGCCCAUCGGCAGGCACUGGUCGAGAACGCCAUGAGCAUGCUUCCUCACCCAGCGACUGCCGCUGCGCUCCUCGACGAGUUCUUUACCGGCCCAGUACACCUGUGCUGGUACGUGUUGGACGAGCGGACGUUCCGUGCCAAGCACGCCGCGUUCGAGAAAGGCGAGCGUGACCCAUCUUGGCUCGCGCUCUACCUCAUUGUCCUAGGCAUCACAACGAAGAUCAGCCCCAACAACGCCGUCCACUUCCCGGGGACGGAUAUAAAGCUUAUCCCCACCGCGCUAUAUCAGGCGAGCCUGAAUGCUCUCGAGGCGGCAGAGUACCUCGCCAUCCCGCAGGUGCGACACAUCCAGUGCGCGAUCCUCUAUGUCGUCACCCUCUUCCACUUUGGCGACGACGACGAUGAUGUCAAGCGCCAGAACAUUGUCCUACGCCACCUAGACGCGGCCGUGUCGACACUCCUUUGGCUCGACCUCGACAUCAUGGGCGACAACUGGAACGCCGCACCACUCGACGACCCAGCUCUUGCGGACCUGUCGCCACACGCUGCACACGAGCUGUGUAAGCAGCUCGUGCACAUUGUCCAGUUUAUGGACACGACAAUUCCGCGGCGGCGCUCUAUCUGGCGUUUGAUGAACAUCACAACGUCGAUCCCCGCGAACCGCAAGGUGCCGUCGGACAUGGACUACCCGGAGCUGCCUUCACACGUCGUCACCCCAGCCGGUUUGCCAAGGUCCGCCAACGCCUUCUGCGUCGCUCUGCGAAAGUACGGCAACGACAGCGCCGAACUCACACACGAGGAGACAAUGGUGUACGACGCCGAGCUACGUAGUGCGCUCGCUCUAGUUCCCCCACCUGCCUCGCUCGACACCUCGUGGAUGCUCCACAUGGUAAUCACCAGCGUGCACAACCGCAUCUUGCGCGCCCACCGGCCGUUUCUCAUGCGCUCCGUCAACGACCCGUCACUGGAAGUAUCUCGCCGUGCAUGUGUAGAGUCGGCGCGCCGCAUAGUCGAGGCGCAGCUGGUAUUCAACGUCAAACCCGAGAUCCGCCCUCGCUUCGCCGUGCGCUGGGUCAUUGGCGCAGUCGUCGUCCUAGCCAUGGACUAUGUCCUGGGCAACAUGGACAGCCGCACGAGUCUGCUGCAGGCGCGCGACGUGUUCCUGAGCGUCAUGGGACCGAGAGGAAAGCACUGUGUCAAGGCCCUCGAUGCGCUCGUGUACGCCGCCGAUGUCAAGACGGGUAGCGUCUCGGCAGACACGGAUCUUGGAACAUUCUUUGACCUCGUCAAGGAAAAGCUGGAGAAUACAGACGCACCGCAGGGCGCCAUCAACAUACUCUGGGGGAACCUCGAGGAAUUUGACCUAGCGGGGAUGUUCAUGGGCGAGCACCACGCCGUGUAG